UGGAUGGGUGCUGCCUCGCCAAAGCAAGGGGGUUUGAACAUACUUCGCCGAGGGCAUUGCGGUCUCGUGAGGAUCAGGUGAAAAUAUAUGAGCGGGACAUUUUUUUUUAAACGAAUAGGGCAGUUAAUGGGGUCGUGAGCGGCGUUAAUUGUAUUAAAAUAUAGGCGACUUUGGUGAUAACCUCCGAAUUUGAUGUGAACUAGAAGGCGCUUAAGUAAUGGUUGAAGGGAUUUAAUAGUCGGCAUAUAGUGGGUAGGGUUAUGUUAACUGCACGACUUGCAGCCUUGUGCUAUGAAGCAGGGCCAUUGCCUGAAAUGUCGCGAACUAUAUAUAUUUUGUAUUUUAAGGCCACAGUGUUAGUGGUUAUUUGUGAUUGUGCUCCGCUGCCAACGCAGUAGCAGUAGCAGCAUCACCAAACUUUAAUGUUAAUUAGACAACUGAUAGCGGGAAGGGAUUAGUUCAUUGCAGUGAAUGGGGAUCCAACAGCAAGUGCGGAGUUACGUUAAAUAUGCAGGGCGGGGGGUUAUGUUGAUCGUACGAGGCGUGGUUAUGUUAAUCGUACGAGGCGUGGUUAUGUUAAUCGUACGAGGCGUGGUUAUGUUAAUUAUUCGAGGCGUGGUUAUGUUAAUUUUAGGGCAAGUCUGGUUUGUGUCAAUAUAUACGAGGCGUGUUUAUGUUAAUUACGGGUGCGGUUAUGCAAAUUUAUGUUGGGCGUGCUCCCCCCCCCCCACCACUGCCGGCUCCGCUCUCCGUGAGAGGCGAAGUGGCCCACGCCGGGUCAGUCGCUCGGCGCGCGCGAUCCUCAACAACGCCCUGACCACCAACUUUGCUCCUUGCAACGCGGACAAAUCCCACGGGCUACUUUUUUUUUGGGGAGGGGUGGGGGGCAGGGGGCGUGGAAGAGGUUUCCAGGCGGAAUGCGCGCCGUAGAGUUUGCGUGGUCAGUGUUUAACGCGCCGUCGGCUGUGGUUCGAGUUGCGUCGUCCGGACGGACGAUCAUGAAGGAGGAGGGGGGUGAAGGAAAUCUCUGAAGGGCUCGCUCAGCGAGAGGACCUCAAGUUUGUGGUUCUAUCACCAAACCUGGCCACGCUCUCCGCGUUUGAAUCAGGUUGCUGGCGCGUUCCGUCACUUCGACUUUUAUAAAUUUAAAAAAAAAUCGUCAUCAAUUCAUCCUCAUUAAUUCAGCAGCAGCAGUGCAACUUAUCGGCGUUAGUUUGAAUAAACGCCCGAGUGUUGACGUCAAACAACGAAGUCAUCAGAAACCGGGGGGCAUCAAUCGACCAACAACUGCAGCAGCUCCUGAAGCAGGGUCAGGACGUGCAGCAGUGUUGAUUGUUUAUCAGCAGCAAGGGAAGCUUUUAGAGACGUCAUUAGUCUCUGGCAAAGACACCCAUGCCACCUUACUCCGACUACAAGCUUCUGACCGAAACAGAGGCACCCCCCGUGCCUCCCCGGCGGAGUCGUGGGUCAGCCUCCCGGUCUGCUGCUGCUGCUGGUGCUGUAGCGGGACCAGCAGCAGGACUUCAGCAUGGUGAAGCAGGAGGUGGUGGUGGUGGUGGUGGUGGAGGAGGUGGUGCAGGACACCAGGGCAUCACGGUGGCAGCAGCCUUGACAAGUCCUGGCGGAGGGGAGAGGCGAGUCAAGUGCGUCCUGGUUGGAGACGGGGCCGUAGGCAAAACCAGCCUGGUCAUCAGCUACACCACGAACGGGUACCCAACCGACUACGUGCCCACCGCCUUCGACAACUUCUCCGCUGUUGUAGCCGUGGACGGGAAGCCGGUCAGACUUCAGCUGUGCGACACUGCAGGCCAGGACGAGUUUGAUCGCUUGAGGCCGCUCUGCUACCCGCACACGGACGUCUUCCUCCUCUGCUUCAGCGUCGUCUGCCCGGCGUCCUUUGCCAACGCGGCCGAGGUGUGGGUGCCUGAGAUCCGGCGGCACGCGCCUCGUGCCCCCAUCCUGCUCGUGGGGACCCAGUGCGACCUCCGCGACCGCGUUCAGGUGCUCAUCGGGCUGGCGAAGCGCGGCGAGAGACCCGUGACGGAAGCGGACGCGCGGCGGCUGGCGGAGCAGACGGGCGCACGGGCCUACCUGGAGUGCUCGGCGCUCACGCAGAAGAAUCUGAAGGAGGUGUUCGACGCCGCGAUCCUCUCCGCGCUGGGACGCGCGCCCGACGCCGGCGGCCGGAGGCCCAGGCUGCAGUGGCGCGGAGACCCGGGGAGCGACGGCCGCCGCAAGAGAGCGAGGACGCUGGCGCCCGCUUGCCUGCGCAGCCUCUCCAAGGCUUGGUGGAAGAAGUACUCCUGCUUCGGAUGAUGAUGAUGAUGAUGAUGGAGGGCUGGGUGCUGCUGCAGCAGCGGCGUCGCGAAGGUCCCGGAGGAAAGUUCCAGCGCAAAACAAAGAAAAUAAACUUUCAUCGAAAUGCCUUUUCGCCUCUUUUUUGACAACACGUUCUUGUUGCACAAGAAUUGAAUUCGGUCUAAGGUGACGUGAUGGUGAGGCGAUGCGCGUUUAAUUUAAGCGUUCAGGUUUUAUAAUUGCGUUGAAGCGAGCGCUAAACGUAUGGAAGGGUAUUGUAAAAAAAUGUUAAAUUGCUGUUUUAGUGUUGAGAGGUUUUUCUCGGCUUUACCUGUCAAGGGUCAUCACUGGUUGGUGGCCAAACGGGGAGGUUGAAGAAGUGAUCUUUCCACAGUGUAAAAAGCCUUAUGAAAACAAUGAAUAUAUGUGUAUAUACAGUAUAUUGUAUAUGGAAUGUCGGUGUUCAAUCGUCCGACUUGUGGUGACUUCACUAAUUGACUCGAUGAGAGAGAACAGACUGGUGUUUCUGUAACCCUCUUCAUUAAGCUCGUUUAACUUUAGCAAAUGGGAAACGAAACGUACAAUUUACACGAAAUACUUAAUCCCGACCUGUUGUUUUUGUUGUUUAAACUGCAAUAUUACCUGCAAUAAUAUUCAAGACACUGCUUUUGCAGGCGAAACAUAUUUAACUUUAUUUUGUCGCUAACACAUGCGCGUGUAUUUGAAAAUGCUUUAUCAGUAGUUUACACGCGAUAGCGAGACUCGCGUGAAGAAAGCUAAUGCAAGUCGACUAAAAUAACGACCUGUGUCUUGUGCUAAGACACGCACCUAUGUUAUCAUUAUGCCUCAUUAUACCUGCCACUUACUCCUACAGUGUUACGACUUUCUGUACGGCCUUGCGCAUGUGCCUGUGUUUUUUUAUUAUUUCCCCCCUCCCGUUGCUGAUUUCUGGAUGUGGGAACAAACCUUUCGACGGACUGUGAAAUCUCUGCACUUUCAUUCCUCGGGGGGGGGGGGGGGGGGGGGUAUGGAGGAGGAGGCGUUCAUCCCCUUUUCGCUAAUUUAGCUUUUGAUUUUGACGUCGCCUCCAAGUUAACGCUUCCUUUAAUGAAGCUGGACACGAAACGGUAACACUGCACCAUGCACACACACACACACUGCACCGUACACACACACACUGCACCGUGCACACACACACACACUGCACCGUGCACACACACACUACACCUUGCACAAACACACAUUGAUCCACUCUUCACCCACGUGCCCCCUCACCCCGCCGUGUGCAUGGUUCUAUCAACCUGCGUCAUUUCAGGGUGUGGGCCGGGGCGGAUUUUAACAUAUUGCUCAACAUUGCCGAUGUUCAUACGUACGUUGAUUAUCAUUGAAUAAAUCUGUAAAAGAAUUUAGCUUUGUUAAAAACUUCCAAAUGAAA